AUGCCAGCCAUGUCGUCGUUCCACUACAACGACCGUGCCUCUACCGAGUCUUUGAUUCGCGACAGCGAAAUCUUCGACAUUGACGACCGCGCUGCUGCUCUGUACAGACCUCACUUUCUUUUCCCCCGGCGCUCGCGGUGGACCAAGUAUGUUUCUGCUCGCUUGUUACGCCGCAUCAUACACUUGGUGCUCUUACUCAUAGUCGCCGUCGUCGCCGUCGUCGCCGUCACCUUCGUUUUCUUCCCUUCCUACACACACCGCCCGGCUCACUACCAGUACCUAGAAGGCUCUAUCAAACGCUCGCAGGAGCCUGGCCGCGGAAAUCCUCGCAAUGAAAAGGUCUUUAUUGCCACCAAUCUCUACGACAGAAGCGGCGACCUGGCCCGCGGCAGAUGGGGUCACAGCCUGCUGGAGCUGGUCGACCUGCUCGGCCAUGACAACACCUUUCUGAGCAUCUACGAGAACGACGCCGGCGAAGAAGCCGAUCGAGCCCUCGCCGAACUAGACGCCCAGGUCCACUGCAACAAGUCCAUUGUGUUUGAGCCGCACUAUGACUUUUCUCAGGCCGAAACUGUGACUCUGCCCGACGGCUCCGUGCGGUUUCGACGCGUGCCCUAUCUGGCCGACCUUCGAAACCAGGCUCUUGCUCCACUGGCGGAACAAAACAAAAAGGGGAUACGGUACGACAGGAUUUUGUUUAUGAACGACGUCUACUUCGAUCCUGUUGAUAUCGUGCAGCUGCUGUUCUCGACCAAUAUGGGUGAUGACGGCGUGUCCAACUAUCGCGCCGCCUGCGCCGUGGACUUUGGCAAAGUAACAAGGUUUUACGACACGUUUGCGGUGCGUGAUGCACAGGGAUACCGCAUUGGCGUGCCGUUUUACCCCUGGUUCGUCUCGGCGGGCGAGGCUGCCAGUCGCAAGGACGUGCUGAACCAAAAGGACGCUGUGCGCGUGCGCAGCUGCUGGGGAGGCAUUGUGGCUUUUGACGCAAAGUACUUUCAGGUUGCCGAAGAGGAGGAGGAGGAGGAGGAGGACAGCAAGUCGUCCCUUAUUCAUAAAACACCCACAGACCGGCGGAAGCAACAGCAACAAACUGCCAAUACGACAUCCACAGAACCCGUUCGCUUCCGCGCCAUUUCCGACACCUUCUGGGAAGCAUCGGAAAGCUGCCUGAUCCACGCCGACCUGCAGGAUCCAUACACCGACAUCGACGAGGUCGUUGACACGGGCAUCUACCUAAACCCAUACAUCCGGGUAACCUACGAAUACCGGGCCUUCACCCGGCUCGGCUUCGUGCGCCGCUUCGAGCGACUCUUCGCCUGGCCCAACUGGAUCGCCAACGCCAUGUCCAACCACCCAUACCACAACUCGCGACGAACCGACAUUGCUGGCGAGACGGUCGAGCAGCGAGUAUGGCAGCCCGACGCGAGUUAUGACGAGGGAGGCUACUGGAAGGACGAAUUGCGGGUUGCUUCGGCUGGUGGGUUCUGCGCGAAACGCGACCUGUUUGUGCUGAUUGACAAUCGGCAAGAGGGCGAAAAUGGAUGGGAGCCGAUCUGGACGCCUCGCGAUCCAGACUCACUUGACUGGAUUUCAUAA